CCCCCUCGCUCCCCUGGUUCUCGCUCUUUCUGCCCCCACGGAAUUUACUCAUCCCCGGGGUUGCGAUUUCGAUUUUUCCUGAGAGAGGAUUUUCUGGCCCAACCUCAAAUCUCUCCGUCACUUUCCUGAGAAAGUGUCUGGAAACUUUUCAGAUUCCGCUACUUUACGGCAUUCAUCGAACUCUUGACAGCUUUUCAAAUCACAUAUCUGGAAACGGGGAUAGGAGUUAGGGUUUUUGGAGGAUCGCGAUUUAGAGGAUAUUGAUUGUUUCAUUUAUUUCUUUUUGUUUUGGUGGAUUUUUUGUGGGGGGAGUAGGGUUACUUUUUGCUUUUUGAGGGAAUUGUUUGAGAUGGGGAGCGUAGAACGAGUUGAUGAUCGAACAUUUAGGGUUAAUUUCAGUGGCGAUGGAGCAACCAAGUUGAGAGAGAGAGUGAGGGAUAAACUGAAGGAAUUCAUGGGGGAUUACACUGAUGAUACUCUUGUGGAAUAUGUGAUUGUCUUACUAAAAAAUGGGAGGCGGAAAGAAGAGGCUAGGAACGAGUUGAAUGUAUUUCUUGGAAACGACAGCGACUCUUUUGUUUCCUGGUUGUGGGAUCAUUUGUCCUCAAAUCUGGAUACCUAUGUGGAGCAUCAGGAAUGUCAUGUUGAAGAACCAUCCAAAACAUCUAUACUGGGGGACCAUGCUGGGACUCAUGACUCUCGUCAAUUGGAUUCUGAAUCUGAAAAGGGAAAGUCUAAAAAGAGCAGACAUAACAGAGAAUGGAAAGGACUUGUGAGGAAUGCAGCUGAACCACCUCCUCUCCUAAGCUCUGAGGUUGAAAAUAUGCAGUUUGAGGAAAAACCUGAGCAGAAAGGCAGACGGGAUAGGAGAUCUCGUUCGCCUCAACCUUCAAUUCAGAGGAAACGGACUCGACUUGAUGACUCCCAGCAUGCGAAG